AUGUCUGACUUAGGGGACGAGGCAGAUUCACGCACGGCCGCCGUUGGCGCUCAGCGAGGCCGAAGAAAGGCCGCCGCCCGAUCUUCCCAGAACACCAACACCCGUCCCACGAAGAGACAACGGCGGAAUGAACCCGCCGCAUUUCGCGCCCUCGAAGAUUUUGUCCCGCGCGGAGCGUCAUUCAGCGAAAAGCCCCUCGAAGUUGAUCCCGAUGAGACUUCAAGCUCUGGCUCGGAUUCUGAAAGUGAAGGUGAUUCCGACCACUCGGAGGCUUCUAGCAAGCCCGCGACCGCAAACCCUCAUGCAGGCAGUACGGCACCCUCCGUCAGCUGGAACCAGGGCAGGAAAAAUGCCGUGCGCACAACAUUGGGAAAACGCAAGACUCAGCCUGAGCCAGAAGCAACGUCUGCGCAAUUCAAAGCAGUCAAUGGGACAUACUGGCGCAGUCGCAGUGGUUCUGCAUCUUCCGCAGGAAGCAUCACAGCAAAGAAGGAAGAUGGCCAGUCAAAAGAGGACAGUGCCUCCGAAGAGGGCGAGAUAAACUCUGUCAGCGACUCUGAUGAUUCGGAAUCCUUGGAUUCUGAGGCUGAUGACUCUAUUAUGCUGAACAUUGGGACAAAGCACGAACAGGCGGCGGAUGAAUAUGACCCGGAGUCUUUAGACUUGAGUCAAGGCCUAGCCAACGGCCAUACAAAUGGUACUUCCAAAGCAAAGGGCGCAGAUUCCCUCUUGGAUAUCAACCCCUCAGCAGCGCAAUCGAAAGAAGAAGCCUUCCAGCACUUCAGUCGCAAGUACUCAACUGCCCCAGUCACGUUGGUGGACUUGAAUAAAACGGAUCUCGAAAAGCAGGCCAUGUUCUUGUACUGGGAUCGUGAUAUCCACACUCUUGAUCUCCAUGCGAGCACUGUGGAGCGUGGAAUAAGCAUUCAAGUGACUUCUGUCCCUCAUGGCGACGAUGCAUACGAUGCCGAGAGAGAGGCCACCAAGAAGAGCAAUGCUCCGCUGCCCUAA